GCAGUAGGAAGAUGACAACCCAUCAGGUAGUAUUCUUAACCUUUGUGCUGUCGUCUCUGCUGAUUCAAGCAAGUGUACAGAAAUCCGAAUUCCAGGACGCCAUGAAGAAAAUGGGGAAAAACAUGAAGAUAGCCAUCCAAAUGGGAAACGAGUUGGAGAGAAAUGUUUCCAAUGUAAAACCAUUUAUGGACCCUCCGACGUACAGCCCUGACCAGAAGGUGUUCAACAUCCAGCCCGACAAGAACGCCCUAAUCCGAUUCAGUUACUCCCAACCACAAGGCCACCAGCCCUCCGCCAGCUCUAGUGGAAAGCGACGGCAGCAGCCAAAGUACUUUCUAAACUUUAACUUUCAAAACCGUCCAAACUCCAAGACGACUGUGGAUCAGCGGUCGCCCACCAUUCAAGCAAGGACGCUGCGGGAUCGGGGAAAAAGACUUCGAAACGGAAUGCCCAAUCCUUACAAGUAUUUUCCACUUAAAGGCGAACAUAUCUCGCAGUGACAAUUAUUCUUAUUCACAAACUAAAAUAUUUACUAACUGAUAAAAAAAUAUUUGAUCAAUCGAUUACACACUCACCCAAAUAAAAACCCAAAUUCGAUAGGAUUCCCAAGCAUGCUCUGCUCAAUUAUAAAGAAUUUGCAUGACUUAUGCUAUUCAAACGUAGUUAUAAUUAGAAAACCACUACUGGAAAGCUUUCCUUGAGUAUACAAACCUGAAUUCCCAAGGUUGAUUUGAGGAAGGAAAGAAUAUAGAAAGAUCGAGGGAAUAUACACUCAGAGCUUGACCAAUACACUGAAAGAAGUUUACCCUAUGAAAGCGAAAGACGACAGAUAGUUUCUCAACCUAAGACACUCUUCCGACCUGACAGAGUGGGAACACUAUAGUGUUAUCUUGGCAAAACUUGUAGUUGUUUUCCAAAAAAUUAAACCUGUCUGUUAGC